AUGAAACGCAUCAGCAGAAGAGGUAUUGUUCACUCUGUGAAUUCGAGCGGAAUAGCUCGAAUUAUUUUCAGUGAAGAGAACAUGAAAAUACAGGGAACAUUGACAGGGGAUAAUGGCGAAGUCUUUACAUUUCGAGGAUGCAUUGAUUCAUCUCAAAAGCGAGAAUCAUCGUUUUCCUUCACAACAGCCUUCGAGUUUUUGGAUAACGAAACUGGCCGUGAAUUUAGAGAAAUUUUGUUUUCGAAUUUCAGAGCAGAUAUGGAAAUUUAUAAGCACAUUACUCCUCGAAUCGUUGAUCAAAAUAAAGAAGUUUUUAUCGGUGAAAUGAAAAUUAGCACAAAUAUUUUUGAACGCUCAGUAGUAUUAGAACGUCGAUUAAGUUCAGUGGAAGACGAAAUCAUAGAAAUAUCGAAUGAUUUUCUAGCGUAA